CAAUAUGAAAUAAUAUUAUUUUCAUUGAAAUACUUCAGUGCCAUACAUCAGCGUAAACAUGGAGGGACCUUUAUUUUGACAGGAAAUGUCACGGAAGCUUCUGCUGCUGCGGUGAAGUGUUUAAAAGUUACGGUUCGUGUUUAUGUGUGGUUUCAACAUUUAGCGACAAAUCAGACAAGAUAUCUGUGUUCAGUGUACUCAUGGCAGAGGAAGCCCUGCUAGCUCGUGUCAAAGCUUUGGAAGAUGAAGUGGAGAGAUUAAAAGCCCAACUGAAAGCAGAAUCUGUGGAAGAGAGGACUGAAGUAUCACCCAAUCUCCAACCAGAGGUCCUAAACCAGCAGAAGGGUGAGGAGAACAGACCCAAAGCGAAGAAACGAGGAGCAGAGAGACCCUUCGACUUCUCCGCCCACCCUCGCAGACACGUGGCACUGCGGUUGGCAUAUCUCGGCUGGCAGUAUCAAGGCUUUGCUGUCCAGGAGAACACCGACAACACAGUGGAAGCCCGGCUGUUUGAAGCACUGCUGAAAACUAAACUCAUUCAGGACCGACAGACCUCCAACUAUCAUCGCUGCGGCCGCACAGAUAAAGGAGUGAGUGCUUUUGCUCAGGUUAUAUCCAUUGACCUCCGCUCCAACCAGUUUGGUGGAGGUUUAGGUGUGACUGUCCCUCCUGGUGUGGAGGACAAAGGCAAGACCGUCUCUGAUGAAUUACCCUACGUCAAGAUGCUGAAUCGAGUUCUGUCUCAGGACGUUAGAAUACUGCAGUGGGCUCCUGUAGAAACCGGCUUCAGUGCACGAUUUGACUGCAAGUCAAGAACCUACAGAUAUUACUUUCCUCGCGGAGACUUAGACGUGGAUCUUAUGGCUGAGGCUGCCAAACGGUAUGAGGGUACACAUGACUUCAGGAACUUGUGUAAGAUGGACGUGGGUAAUGGAGUGCUGCAGUUCCAAAGGACCAUCCUGUCUGCCAGCAUCCAGCCAGCCAAGCUGGAACCCACCGUCUCUAAUGACCCCCACCAACUCUGUGUGUUCCAGGUCCAGGGUCUGGCUUUCCUCUAUCACCAGGUUCGCUGCAUGAUGGCCGUGCUGCUUCUUAUUGGACAGAAACUUGAAUCUCCAGACAUCAUGAAUCAGCUCAUGGAUGUAGAAAAGAACCCAAGGAAGCCUCAGUACAGUAUGGCAGUGGAUUAUCCUCUGGUGCUCUAUGGCUGUCACUUUGAGGGUGUGAGUUGGCGUACGGAACCUGAGGAGGAGAACCACGUCCUGAACUCUUUUCACCAACAUUGGGUUCAGACGGCAGUCAAGACUCAAGUUCUGUUCGGCAUGAUCCAGGGCCUUCAAAGCACAAUCACAGGCGAGACGUCAUCCCUGCAGUGCUGGCUAAUGGAAGGAACCAGACAGAAGAAGUACCGGCCCCUGCUGGAGCGGCCGCGGUGUGAGAGUCUGGAGUCCAGGAUCCAGCAUUUUGUGAAGAGAGGAAGACUAGAACAAGAGGAAGGAGAGAACGGCGAGGAGACCACCGUGUUCAGAGGAAAACGAUCAAAACAUUCCCAUCUGACGACAACAAGCCAACCAACCGCAAGAGCAGAAGAAUGGAGCAAAAACUGAGGAUAGCCCGUUACAAACCCUUUAAACACAUAAGCAACUUCAGUUGUUUUCUUUGAACUCUUGAUCUGUGUGCAGAAACUGUCUCAAGGCAUCAGCUGAAAUCGUUUUUUUUGUGUAAGGAACACAGUUAUCUGCUUUUUGAGUUGAAGUAAACCAUAUUUUAUUAAAGGAUUAUUUGAACGGUUCCUGUGUGAAUUUGAUUCAAAACAAAACUAUGUUAAUUGGUUUCAUGAUUGUUUUAUUCUAAUCUAUAUUUAAAUGGAUCAGUAUGCUGGCAUGGUUUUCAUGUCAAUAUUAUGCUGUACUGAUUCUUUUGAAGCUUUUCAACAGCUGCAAAAUCUGACGGAAAAAGGUUUAAAAUGAUCAAUCUUAUACAAAAAACUAAGGGUAUUAUGUUGGUAUCUUACAAUAUAAAAGACAAACAUGCAACAUCAAAAAAUACUGAAUAAACUUUUA